AUGAGAAACAGAACCUUUACUUUUGCCCAGUUCAUUGUUAUUUUAUAUUUAGUGAGCGAGAUAUCCUCUAAGUUUGAGUUUACGAACCUCAAAUGCUCUACUUUCGAUGAGCAAUUCAGUGACUUUGAAUAUUGCUAUAUAAAAUCUGUCAAUCGGAGCUACAAGUACAUUUCAAUAAAUCUUAUAUUAUUUAAACGUUUCAAUGGCUACAGACCCUUUAUGUACAAUAUCACAGCAGAUGCCUGCAGAUUCCUCAGAGGUUUGAAUUUGAAUCCUGCUUUAAAAUAUUUUUAUCGCUUUGUUGAACUCUAUUCGAACAUGAAUCAUACGUGUCCUUUUGAUCAUGAUGUUCAAUUUGAAAAGAUUCCGGCAGAUUUUGUAAAUGACUAUAUGACGAGAGUGCUGCCAUUUCCUCAUGGCGAUUAUAUGUUAGAAGUUAGCUGGAUUGCCUAUGACAUCAAACGAGCAACAACUCAAUUCUAUGGAACAAUUUCUUAA